GGAAAUGUAGUUCGCAGCUGGCAAACGCAAAUCCAAGGGGACUAGGGCUGUCAAAAGCGUCUGAAACUGGAAUAUAGAGCCAGUAACCAAAACAGCAUCAUUGUUACUUGCAUAGAGAAUAUUUGGACAUCGGCUCUUUCCGAAGUGUCAUAACUGGGUAGGUGGGUGGGUGUUCUCCUCUAUUCCCUGUAGGAAAUCGCCUCUUGCUUGUUCCAAAGGAGUUUUAAACUAGCUCUUUCUGUUCAGAAUGGCGGCAGGUGCGGACGUAACUCAUCUUUUUUUCAUACGACUGCAACUGUAACCGCGGAAACAGCUGCUGCUAUAUAGGCCCCAGCCUUCACCCACCGGAAGAGGUUGAAAGAAGCAGUAGGAGAGAGUCCUCCUGCGGUAUAAAGAGGCUAACCUUGGACGUGUGCUGCAUCUUCUCCAGCAAUGAGCGACGGCGGGGAGGAAGAGUUUGAGCCUUCGGCGCUGGGUACCAAAGAACACUGGGAUGCAGCAUAUGAACGAGAACUGCAUAAUUUUAAAGAAAGUGGUGAUACUGGGGACGUUUGGUUUGGUGAAGAGAGCAUGACUCGUAUAAUUAGAUGGCUAGAAAAACAAAAGAUACUCCUGGACAGUUCUGUGCUUGACAUUGGAACAGGAAACGGCAUUUUGCUGGUUGAAUUGGGUAAAUCUGGUUAUACCAAUCUUACAGGAGUUGACUACUCUCCUUCUGCAGUACAACUUUCAAAAAAUAUAAUGGAAAAAGAAGGGCUGCCUUAUAUUAAGUUGCUGGUAGAAGACAUUUUAAAUCCCUCAGAUGAAUUAUCAAGUUUUCAGAUCUGCAUCGAUAAAGGGACUUUUGAUGCUAUCAGUCUGAACCCAGAUGGUGCAGCCGAGAAAAGGAAACAGUAUGUUAAAUCCUUGCAGAGGGUGUUGAGAUCAAAUGGCUUUUUCCUCAUAACAUCCUGUAACUGGACUAAAGAAGAGCUGUGCAAACAAUUUGAAGAAGGAUUUCUGCUUUUGGAGGAACUGCCAACAUCAACCUUCUGUUUUGGAGGAAGAACUGGAAAUAGUGUAACUGCCUUGGUUUUACAAAAAAUAUAGUUAUCUAUUUUUGGCAAACUUUAGGAUGAAGAUCUCCUUUUGUGAAUUUUGGAUUUUAUCACAGAACUGGAUUAAAAAGUGAAAUACAAAUUUUAGAAAUUUGACAGAUGUCUAUAUGUUUGGUUUCUUUGAAGCAAAUUUUGUUACAGGUGUAUUGUUUAUAAUUUUUCAGGAUUAAAAUAGUAUGAUAAUUAAAUAGUGUAUUUUCUGUUUGAAAUACAAGAUAUUGUGGGAAAUGAGAGUUUAGAAUGUUGGCUGUAUAUAAAUCUGGUAAAGGAAUUCAUUUAUCAUUUUAGCUGAUGGUGCAAUUCCUUAAUAUAAAACAAUUCCUUAAGACAAUUUAUUUAGAAAUGUGAUAGAUUGCUUGAUAUAACUUGUUGGAUGACGGAAUACUUUUUUUUAAAUGGAAUUGAAUCUGUGGGUAUAACUUGUUGCCUAAAGGAUGGAAAAAUGGUUCUGCUCACUGACAGGUAAAAUAAGUGUCUACAAAACAAUAUAAGCAUGUUCAUACCAUAGUAACUUACAAGAAAUAAAGGGGGAAUAGGAAGACCCAACUGAGAAAAACUCUAUACAAAUGAUUGUAUAUUGAACGUACCAUUUCAGGAGAUCAUUCUAAAAGACAGAGGAGCCAAGCAUCAACUGAUCCUAGUUAGGCAAAUGAGAUCAGUGUCUCUCUCUGAGGCAGCUAGCUGGAAUGGCUGCAUGACACGGGUCACUCAUGUGAUUCAUUUCACAGGUCACUUAUGUGAUUCAUAGCUUCAGUAUAUGCAGAAGACUGAUUAGCAUCGCAUAAUAGCAUUAAUGCUAGUUUUCAAUUUUUUUUCACUGAUUUCAGUGAAAUCAGAAAUUGAAGUCUGAAACAUGUUUGUGGCACAUUUGUAAAUUAAAUUUUAUGAAAUUUUA